AUGGUUCAAAAUAAAUUAUUACCAAAAUUAUCACAAAAUUUACUUGAAAUUUUAAAUGAUGAAGAAUAUCAUGAUAUUAUAAUUGAAGUUGGUAACAACCCUUGCGUUAAAAUAUUUUACGCCCAUAGAGUUAUCUUAAAUCAUCGUUCUCCUUAUUUUAAAAAAAUUUUAUCAACAAUUAAAAAGAAAAAUGAUGGAACCUUAAUAAAUAUUAGAUUAUCAAAUAUCUUACCUGAAAUUUUUCAAAUAAUCUUAAGAUAUAUUUAUAGUGGAAAACUUUCUUUAAAAGAUUAUGAUUCUUCUGAUAUAAUUAAAAUUUUAAAAACAUCAAAAGAACUUGGAUUACAAGAAAUAAUCCCAUAUUUAGAAUCUUACUUAAUUGAAAAUAAAGAAAAUUGGAUGGAACAAAAUUUUGAUUUAAUUUAUCAAAUGAGUUAUGAAAAUGAUUCAUUUUUAAAAUUACAAAAUUAUUGUAAAGAUUUUAUAAUUAAAAAUCCUGAUAAAAUAUUAAAAUCAUUAAAUACUUUUUCUAUAUCAGAAGAUCUUUUAUUAACAAUCUUAAAAGAUAAAGAAGAUAAUAUUAAUAAUAAUUAUAAUAAUAUUAAUAUUCAUAUUAAUAUUAUUAUUAAAAUGAAUGAAGUACAAAUUUGGGAUUAUAUUCUUGAAUGGGGUAUAAAACAAAAUUUAAAACUUUCUUCUAAACCUUUUUCAAAUUAUUCAAAUGAUGAUUUUAUUAUUUUAAAAAAUAUUUUACAAAAUUUUAUUCCUUUUAUUAAAUUUACUAGAUUCACUCCUAAAGAAUUUUUAGAUAAAGUAUAUCCUUAUAAAAAGGUUAUACCUGAAAAUUUAUAUGAAAAUUUAAUUAUCUAUUUUUUGGAAUCUAAAAACAAUCUAAAUACUUUUACAACAACAAAUGAGACUGAACCGAUUCAAGUAGGACUUGAGAAGAUUGAAGAAACUAAAGGUACUCAAUCAAAACCUUUGAUGGCUGAAGUGACAAAUCAACUUCAACCGAGACCUAAGAAAGAAAUCAAAGUGAAUCAAUCAAAACCUUUGAUGGCUGAGGAGACAAAUCUAAUUCAACCGAGACCUAAGAAAGAAACCAAAGCGAAUCAAUCAAAACCUUUGAUGGCCGAAGAGACUAAUCAAAUUCAACCGAAAUCUCAAAAUGAAACCAAGGCGAAUCAAUCAAAACCUUUGAUGGCUGAAGAGACAAAUCAAAUACAACCAGAUCCUCAGAUGACAAAAGAGGUUCAAUCAAAAUCUCAAAUAAUUUCAAGUCAACAUGCUGAAUUAAUUGUAAAGUGGAUUGAUAAAGUAGAUAUUGUGAAAAGCUCAACCACUUAUAAUUUAGUUUCGAAAUUUAUAUUUACACGUAAACAAAAUUAUAUAUUCAAAUUAUUAUUUCGGGGAUCUCGCGAUGGAUUUACGCCUAAAAAAUUCCAUAAAAUUUGCGAUAAUCAAUCCGAUACAUUAACAAUAAUGAAAGUGAAAUAUAGUAAUGAAAUUCUUGGAGGAUAUAAUCCGGUUGAAUGGAAAUCUGAUUUUGGUUACGGUAAUACUAAGGAUAGUUUUAUAUUUUCUUUUACGAAUAAAGAAAGUAUUAAUGAUCACAUUAUAAGUCGAGUAAAAAGUGAAAAGAAUGCCAUAAAUUAUGGGAGUCGUUAUGGUCCAUCAUUUGGUUAUGGAGAUCUUAUAAUGCAUGGAGGUCCCGGAAAUUAUGACAAUUUUUACGAUGGUAAUAGUAAUUAUUGUAAAAUGAGUUCCUAUGAAAAACCGAUUAGAAAAACCAAUGAAUGUUUUUCUAUAGAAGAUUUUGAAAUAUUUCAGGUUAUAAAACAAAAUUGA